CAUGGAGAAACAAAUUUCUGCUACAUUGAAAACAGUUUUAUUUUUCUCGGAUUGAAGGCUUAAGGGUUGUUUUUUCUUUUUCUUUUCCUACCCUGGAGACGGUGCCACGCGUGCCACCACCAUCACCAUCACCAGCAGCAGCAGCAGCAACAGCAGAGGAGGAGGCAUAUCUCCCAAUAUCCCAUCCCGGGCACGUCGGAUAAGCUGCAGCAGCGAAAACACGAGGCGAAUAUUGCGGUGGACGGGAACGGGAACAUGGUCCGUGGGAUUUCACAGCUAUCCCCCUGGCUGGGAGGCAGUUUGGACUUGUUAUGGGGGUGACCGGAAGGAGAGAGUGACAGAGGAACAGUGAUGCUCCUGUUUACAUAACGAGAGAUCCACACACACACACACACACACACACACACACACACACACACACGCACACACACACAUACACACAUACACACACACACACACACACACACACACACACACACGCAUAUACAUACUCAAAUUGCCAGUCCAGGACAUAGACACUUGCUUAAACACUUGCACACAUACAUAUACACACACACAGACACGUAUUCAAGGGACUCACUGACUGAGUCACCACACACUCAGAGGCACUGAAUCACUGACUCACACACAGGAGCACACAAACACACACACACACACACACACACAGACACACAAGGGGAAAAGGUUGUUUGUAAGGGCCAGGACUGUGUGUUGUGUGUGCUAUGGGCCAAGCUGAGCAGCAGCUGUGUGUGGGUGUUGGAUACCUCUGAAGGGUCAACACAGCCGUAACACUCGCCCUCCCCCAGUCCUCUCCCUCAUCUCCCAGCUACCCCUAAACACACCAUCAUGUCCGGGCUGAGGACCAGGAGAAUUCCCUCUCCCUCGUCGCCUCCUCCGCUCUCUUCCUCCCCCCUUGGGCUUUUGUCCCUGCUCCUCCUCUCCCUCUGCCUCUCCCUCUCUCUUUAUCCGGCCUCCUCAUCAGCGCAGCAGACUGUGCCAGUCAUUUCCACGGCACAGGGCCGCAUCCGUGGCAUCCUGACCCCGUUGUCCUCAGAGCUCCUGGGGCCUGUCAUCCAGUACCUGGGAGUCCCCUAUGCCAGGCCUCCAACGGGAGACCGGCGCUUCCAGCCGCCCGAGCCGCCUUUACCUUGGCCAGGAAUACGAAAUGUGACGCAGUUUGCUCCCGUGUGCCCGCAGUCACUGGAUGAGAGGAGCAUGCUGGGAGAUAUGAUGCCGUCCUGGCUCACAGCUAACCUGGAUAUAGCGGCCACGUACCUCACUCACCAGAGCGAGGAUUGUCUCUACCUCAACAUCUAUGUGCCCACUGAGGAAGACAUCCAUGAGGAGAGGGGUCAGCGGCCGGUGAUGGUCUAUGUCCACGGUGGCUCGUACACAGAAGGCACUGGAAACAUGAUGGAUGGCAGUGUGCUGGCAAGCUACGGCAACGUCAUUGUCAUAACCCUCAACUACCGCCUAGGAGUACUGGGAUUUCUCAGUACCGGUGACCAAGCAGCAAAAGGAAACUACGGCUUGCUGGAUCAGAUCCAAGCUCUGCGUUGGGUAAAGGAGAACAUUGCAGCCUUCAGCGGAGACCCAAACAGGGUCACUGUGUUUGGAUCUGGGGCUGGAGCCUCCUGUGUGAGCCUCCUCACUUUGUCUCACUACUCUGAGGAUUUGUUCCACAGAGCCAUCAUCCAGAGCGGCAGCGCUUUAGCCAGUUGGGCUGUCAACUACCAGCCCAGCAAGUAUGCCCGGCAGCUCGGUGAGAGGGUGGGCUGUGGCAUCGAUGAUAGCACCCAACUGGUCGCCUGCCUCCAGGGCCGGAGUUAUCGCGAACUUGUGGAGCAGAACGUAACGCCGGCCAAAUAUCACACCGCUUUUGCCCCAGUGAUUGAUGGUGAUGUUAUACCAGAUGACCCUCAGAUUCUGAUGGAGCAAGGGGAGUUUCUGAACUACGAUGUGAUGUUGGGGGUGAAUCAGGGCGAGGGGGUGAAAUUUGUGGAGGGCAUUGUGGACUCAGAGGACGGGGUCACUGCUGAGGACUUUGACUUUGCUGUGUCAGACUUUGUGGAUAGUUUAUAUGGAUACCCAGAAGGCCGAGACACACUGAGAGAGAGCAUAAGGUUCAUGUACACGGACUGGGCAGACCGCGACAAUGCGGAAACCCGGCGGAAGACUCUGGUAGCGCUAUUCACAGAUCACCAGUGGGUGGCUCCAGCCAUCGCCACAGCUGACCUCCAUGCUCAGUAUGGGUCGCCCACCUACUUCUACUCCUUUUACCACCACUGCCAGAGUGACGCCACACCGCCUUGGGCUGACUCCGCCCAUGGUGAUGAGGUGCCGUAUGUGUUUGGCGUACCCAUGGUGGGAGCCACUGAUCUGUUCAACUGUAACUUCUCCAAGAACGACGUGAUGCUGAGCGCAGUAGUCAUGACUUACUGGACCAACUUUGCCAAGACUGGUGACCCAAACCAGCCGGUUCCUCAAGAUACCAAGUUCAUCCACACGAAACCUAACCGCUUUGAAGAAGUGGCCUGGCCUAAGUACACCCCUAAAGAGCAGCUGUACCUCCACAUUGGCCUUAAGCCCCGUGUCAGAGACCACUAUCGUGCCACGAAAAUCUCCUUCUGGCUCCAGCUGGUCCCUCACUUGCAUCACGUCAAUGAGCUCCUCCAAUCGGUGUCCUCUUUCACGCACAGUCCCUCCCCACAGGACGACACCCCUUAUUCUUACACCAAACGCCUAUCCAAAGGUUGGCCUCCUAGUAGUACACGUCACCCAGGUCCACAAGGAGGUACUCCGCAGCCUCCCGAGUCUGCUUUAGGCCAAGGUGGAGGGGAAACCGGGGUCCACGUCCCUAAUGAGGACUACUCGACUGAACUCUCCGUGACAAUUGCGGUGGGAGCGUCACUGUUGUUUCUCAACAUCCUUGCUUUUGCCGCUCUACUGUACAAGAAAGACAAGAGACGUCUGGAGCAUCGCAGGCCGCGUCCGCUUCCUCCCCCGAGACGAGACAUCACACCUGCAGAUGUGGCGGCCCACCUGCAGGGGGAGGGACUGAUGUCAUUACAGGUGAAGCAGCUGGAGUGUGACGCAGCAUCAGCAGACGAGAGGAACAACACUCACCACCAUCACACUCUGGAUACACUGGACGCCCUGGAUGGCAUGGACACCCAGGACAUCUACAGCACACUGGACACCGUGCGCCUCACCUGCCCGCCCGAUUACACCCUCACCUUGCGCCGCUCACCUGAUGACGUCCCACUCAUGACCUCUCUGACCCCAGGAUCAUUGCCCGUGACCCCUGGGUCACACCCUGUUACUCCUGCGACGCCAAUGACCCCCAUGACCCCUGGAUCAGUGGUGGGGAUGAGGAUGGGUCAUCCUCACCAGGGAUACACACACCAUAGCCCGUAUAGUAAUACACACUUGCCACACACACACAUCUCCACGCACACACACUCCACCACGCGUGUAUAACCGCAGCAACAUGCUCGCACAUAGAGGGACAUAAUUACAACAACACACUCAUACUGACACACACAUUCACACACACCUGCAACACACACACACAUACAUAAAACAAAAGACUUAAAUACCUCUACUAAUUACCCUGCAGGAUUGUUACAGAUGGAGUGACAGAAAGACAUUUUCAGUAACAGGAUGAAGAGACAGACAGCUGUGUGUUGCAUGAAGACAAACUGGAUUCCAGGAGAUGCAGUUCUAUGCAUCAUUUGCUCUCCACCUGAAACAAGACAAGCCGAGACGUCCAACAAAUGUCUCACAUCUUGCUUUGGAUAUUAAAUCUUCUGCUUUUUCUACACCUGAGGAAGAGGAGCGCUGAGGCAAAAGGGUCAGUUAUGGAUGAGUUUACAUCUCCUGCUGUACCCGCGCUGCUCAGCGGAGAGGAGCUGGGACUGAGAGAGCAGAUGCAGAACUGAGCGAACAAGUACCACACACAGACUGUUGAUGUCAACUUGAACAACCUGUGAAAUGUGAAUGUAGCAAAUUUUUUUUCCAUUAAAAGAUCAAAGGCCCUAUCUGCCAAGGAUCAAAACUAAGCUGAGGAGAAAAUAACAAUUCAGCGAGAGAUGGAUGUAAAAACAGACAGAGAGGAAGUGGGGAUUAAAAAAAAACAACAUUAGCUGAAGGAAAAGUUAGUGAGAUGGUGGGAAAGAGAUUAAGAUUUUAUUGAGAGGGAUUUAACAGCUGUGAGAGCGAGAAAGACAAAGUGAGAUAGAGUGAUAUGGAAAACCAAGGAAUGGAAAGUGUGCCAAGAGACAGAAAUUUAGCUUCAGAAAAAGAAAGGGCCUCUGAAGUGUCGCCAGACUUACUGAAGAAUCACUCUAACCAGCUAUGUGUUAAACUCUUGUAAAUAGAAUGGGACGAUAAAGAUGAUAUAUUAUGAUUUAUAGCAUUUACCUGCUCUUGCAUUAAAACAUGACUUAUUUAACCACAUUAUUGCUUUCAUUUCAGAUAUUACUAUAUUAUUGUAUAGAUGUCCUGAAGCAAGGCUGGUUGUCUUUCUAUCUCACCCACUGUAGUAUGUACACAGUACCUUUAUUUAAAGGCUAUAUUUGCUAUGCACAGUCAUUUCAAUGAUUCUUAACUAUGUACGCAUCUAGAUACUUGUUUAGUAGUUGAGGUAUAAGACAUUUUUCACACCAUCCUGUCUAUUUGUUUGACCAUCAGAUGAUGAGCUAGUACUGUGUAGAUAAUGCAAUAUUGGUUUGAUGAUUGAGCACCAGCCAAAAACCAUGACCCUUAAGCCUUUGAAUCCUUUCCUGUUCUCCUUUCCCCUCUGUUCCUAAAAAAUAUUCUAAAACACCUUACCCUCAGUCCUUAAAACCUCUCAAACUUAAUUUAGGGUGAGCCCCACAAAGUCAAGAUUCCUCCAAUCAGUAUUUGCUACACCUUACCAGGGACCCCAGUACUUUUUUAGAGGAGCCCCUGCUUGAACUACUGAAUGCUGACUGAAAACUUGUGCCUUUUCCCAGGCACUAAACGCAAGAAAUUGGCCAAAUGUUUGUUGUAGCUUAAAACCUGUGGAAAUAUGCUCCACAACAUCACCACGUCUGGAAAAAAACAUGGAUAUAGUACAUCUGUUAACCACAUUUUAAAUCCUGGAGUUUGUUUUAUUACCUGCAACCAUGAUGUCAAUUGUUUGGAGCCAAGUUUGAUUGAUGAGAUGGAGCCUAGGUGGAGCUGAGGAAACUUAACAUUGAAGGCAAACAGGCUUCCAAACAUACUGCUGUUUAAGCCUUAAUAUCCUCAUAAUGGAGCAAUAUUUUUUUUCAAAUUGCCACUAAGAUACACUUUAGAAGAAGUGAAAUUAUUUUAUUGAAACAUCAACCAACUUCUUGCGGAAAUGAUGACUGACUUUAGAGACAAGUUGGAGGUUUUCCUGCUGACUUCGUGUCAGUAUGUGUCACUAUACUGAGUUUCAGAGCAUUCAUAAAAUAAAUCCCAACCAAUUCAUAUUGACAGAUCUUGUAGCAGAGAUGCGGUGCUGUCAUAGCUGCCACUAAAAGAUGACAAAUGGUCAAACUCUGCCUAUCUGGUAGCUACUAUAAAGCUUCAAACCUUGCAUAUACGUAAAACUAAACAGCCAAGCCAAACUCCUAUACCUUGAUCCAAACCAGUAACUCAAACCAAAAACCCAAAGGUACCAACCCUAAUAUUGCAACUUUCCUGUUUUGUCCUCUUUUUCCCGCUCCUUGCCUUACCCUAACCCAUGUCCCAUCCACGCCCACCCUCCCACCUCCCCAGCCUCAUCUGUGCGACUACAUACAGCUUUGUCACAGUGAGGCCUAUUUAACCUCCUCUCAUCCUAAGUAACUUCUUCAUGAGAGAUUUUAGUUAACUGUCAACAGAAUACAUGAAAAAGAAAGCUGAAAAAUUGUGGAUGGCAAGCAAAGAACUUUUACAAAAUGAUAUAAAAAUAACAUUUAAUGGAUGUUUGAUUGACUGAAUAUUUUUUUCAUAUGGGUUUAUUGACUCAGCGGAUGGCUGGAUUGUGUCAAGCAUAAAACAUUUCUGCUGCAUUUUUGAAAAAUAAAAAUAUCAGUAUUUUA